UUUUCCAUUUCGAACGUUCAUCAUUCUCCUUCUUCUUUCUCUCCUUUCCCUUUUUCUCGUCUUAAACCCCAAACCUUCGCCGCCGCCAUGUCCGUCCUCAGCCGCCUCAGCGCGGUGGCGCGGCCACUCCGCAACCGCCACGAGUCUUCGAUCGCGAGAAGAUUGUACGGAUCUGCGGCCGCGCUGGAGGUGGAUUACGAUUACUAUGAGGACGACGAUGAUUUCGAGAGAGUGAGUGGGGAUCGGAGCCAUGGCAGAGCGAUGGCUGACUCUCGAGGGUGGGUGCCGAGAAGAGGAGUGCAGUGGGUUGUUUUGGGAGACCCUGGGGCGAAGAAGCAUGUUUAUGCAGAUAGGCUCUCCAAACUUCUAGAUGUUCCUCAUAUUUCCAUGGGGAGCCUUGUUCGUCAGGAGCUUAAUCCUCGGUCUUCCAUCUACCAACAGAUUGCUAGUGCAAUCAAUGAAGGAAAGCCUGUUUUGGAAGAAAUCAUUUUCAGACUGUUGUCAAAGAGGCUAGAAGAAGGGUAUUGCAAUGGUGAAUCAGGCUUCAUUCUUGAAGGAAUUCCAAGAACAAGGAAUCAAGCUGAGAUUCUUGACCAAAUUGCAGAUAUUGAUUUGGUCAUUAAUUUCAAAACCACCGAAGAGCCCUUGAUUAGAAAGAAUCUAGGUUCUGGAAACUUCUCUGGCUUUCAUGAAUAUAGCACCAUAUGCAGCUCUGGGAGCAGUAAAAGUCUUCAGCCACAGGACAAAGAGCCGAAAUGUCUUUCUGCUACUACAGAAUAUUCCUGGAAAGAAAUGACAUCUAUGGAGCAGAGGAAGCCAUUGGAAGAGUACUACAGAGAACAGAAGAAACUUGUUGACUUUAAAGUAACAGGAGCACUUGGAGAAACUUGGGAAGGGUUAUUAGAAGCAUUACAUCUUCAGCAUAUCAAUGCUGUUACUUCUUCUUCUACACAUAAGCUAACCACAUGAAUGGUUUAGCUUUUCAAAUUUUGUUGGUUGUUCCUUUUUUUUUUGUUUUUUUUUCCUUUUCUAAACCAUGCCGGCGUAGUAGUAAAUAUAAAUGUGAGAGUGAAUUGACAUAACAACAUCUUGCUGGAGUUUUCCUCCACCAAAUAUAUUGAGUUUUGAAGUUUUGUUCAACAUUUUUUUUUUUUUGCUGGAUGCAUUGAACCAAUGAAUGUAAGCACUAAGCAGACCAGUUUGUGAGUUUUGUAAUGUAGAGGUCAAAAAUAAGAGAGAGAUAUACAACACUCUCUUCUCUUUACUCUUAUAUACUAUUUAUAAAGUGAACAUUUCCACUCA